AGUUGUUAAACUGCUUGAAGCCCAAUCAAGCAAAAUGAAAGCAUUUCAACUGACGUGGCAGCGGCAUCAUAAUGUGGGCGUGGUUUAGCUUUGUCAACAUCCUGAUGACAUAACUAGUUUCUCCAAAAUGGCGACGGCGGAUGAGAGAGAAGCGGGCCAGGACGACCCAGAGAGCGAAGAUGAGGUUUAUGAGGUUGUGGACCUGACUGAGUAUGCCCGGAGGCACCAGUGGUGGAGUAGAGUGUUUGGGAACAAUUCAGGCCCCAUUGCUGAGAAGUACUCCGUGGCCACUCAGCUCAUGAUGGGAGGAGUGACUGGAUGGUGUGCAGGUUAUGUCUUCCAGAGAGUUGGGAAGAUAGCAGCUACUGCUAUUGGUGGCGGGUUCCUUCUUUUACAGAUUGCCAAUCACAGUGGCUACGUGCAGGUGGACUGGAAGAAGGUGGAGAAGGAUGUGAACAAAGCAAAGAAGCACUUGAAGAAGAAGGCAAACAAAGCAGCCCCAGAAAUCAACACAUUCAUUGAGGAGGUAAAGGCCACAGAUUUCAUAAAGAGGAACAUCGUCCUGUCCAGCGGGUUCGUCGGCGGCUUCUUUUUGGGAUUGGCCUCCUAAAGGCCGCCGCACACACUACAAUCUCCAUUUACUGUGAAUCAUCACUUUCCAUUGCUUACCUCUCUGCCCCAUGUGUGUUUUGAUCAAAAGUGAUCGUGGGGAAUUAUGUUGAACACUAAACCACCUGUUCUGAAUCAAUCCUAGCUUGCUAUUAUCAUUCGAGUGCUCAUUUCGGAGGAUGUGUGUGAGGUGGUGGGUCGGUAAGAGGAUCGGGGGCGCUCGGAUUGUACUGUGAACGAUGCUUCCGAACGCAUCGAGCUGCCACAAACAAAAGUUGGAGUUUCUUUUGUGUUUGCUCGUGCAAAUGAGACUGCCCCAAGUGUUUGCCAGGUGGAUUCUGUGGCAUGUGUGGGCGCCAUUGUAAAUAUAUAGCCAAGCCCCUUUUUCAGAGCUGUAAACAGACAAGCACACAAGCACAUACACACAAGUAAAUAUUGUAUAAACAGCAUGGAAGGUGGCAGAGUGGGAAGGUAACACCAGCCCCCAGUCUGGUGCCUAGUUGUUUUUUUCUAAAUUAUUAUUAGUAUAGCUGUACAGUUUGUCGGGGUCACAUGCCUUUCAAAGCAUGCUGGCAAACCCAGUUAUGUUGGUCACACUGACUGGGGGGGGGUAAAGUAAAAAGGUAAUUUUUCACUCUGAACUGGAGUCCAUGCUGAUAAAGAACACAUCAUUAGUAAGUUUAAUUUGUGAAGUAUUAACCCCCUCCCCCAAUUUGUUCCCUAAUUCCCAGCUCCACAAUGCCCUUUAAUGAAGGGUCGAGCAUCUGCUGUGCCCUAAUUACCACCAUCACAAGCCAUAUGCCCAAAGAGACACCGGUCCAGUCGUUACAGAGCAUAAUGGAGCUGCAAUUUUGACUCCUACGCCCUCGCUAUUGUCGUCGUGCAUUUGAUGGUGUGUGUGUGUAGCAUUAACAAACAGCGAUGCUGCCGAGUCGUGCUUCAUCAUGUUAAUCAGCUAUAGGGGAGUCCAGUUAUCACACGUUGCUUAUUGUCUUUUUUGCCUUUUCUACUGGUGCAAUAUACUGUAAUGUUUUAGCUGGUUUUUUGUUUUUGCAUCCAGCUGGUAUUUUGUAUGCUUAUGUUUGUAUUUAAUAUGAUUUUGAUAACUUUUAUUUCCUGGUUUUAUGUCUCCUUUGAAGUAAAGUUGCCUGAUGUUGUUUUAAAUGAUAGUAACAUUAAAAAAAGGAUGCUUUUCA